UGCUGGCAGUAGAAAUUGCCCAACGGCUUCAGCAGCUUUCGAUAUAUGCACGAGGCACAAAUGCUUGCAGGGUGCGAUCGAUACGUGCGUUCGCGUCCAGCUCUGCGGCGCUCAGCUGCUGAGCGCAGCUGCUGCCGGUGCUGCCGGCGUUUGCUAGUGUCUUACAGGACGCUAGCUCGGCAUUUUUGCAGGCUCCCCCACCAGAGGGCCAGCGAUAGUGCAAUUAGUGUUUUGUAUACGGCACGAUACGUGUGGUGUGCGGCACAACGCGAGGGCGCUGCACGAGCGUUGCCAGGGUAGCUGCCAGAGUGCAGCUCUCACAAGCACACACUCUACCGCUGAGCGCAGAGCAAAACGAGCUGGUCAAGUGGCCAAGCGUCUGAGUGGCCUCAAGGCUAGUUGGCUCGAAAACGGCCCGGCAAAAAGCGUACGGGGGCUCGGCGCGGGAGCAAUCUCUCCCUCUCCAUCUCCCGGCUGCCGAAUCAAUAAAAAACGCUGCCCCAGCAACAACAAUGGACCAGCAGCAGCCAAACACGGACCCGGCGCAGCACGCCGCGGCCGAGAUCAUGCGCCGCUUACGGGCUAAGGAGCGCGAGCUCCGGGAGACGCAGGCCACGCUGGAACGGGAGCGCGAGGCGCACGGCCGCAGCGCGAGCGCCGUGGCGCAUCACCGCGAGGCGUCGGUCGUGAAGCUGUCCAUCGGCGGCACCCACUUCACGACGUCGAAGUCGACGCUGGUCCCCGCCUCUGGCUUCUUCUCAGUCCUGCUCAGCGGCCGCUUCCCGCCGGUGCUCGACGACUCGGGCGCCGUCUUCGUGGACCGCGAUGCGCAGCAUUUCCCCCAAGUCCUCGCCUUCCUCCGCGACGGCGCGAUGCCGCGGUGGGGCAGCGACGAGGAGCGGGAGGCGCUCGAGCGCGAGGCGGAUUUCUACCAGAUCGAGGCGCUCAUGCGCGUCGUGGGACCCGCGCAGAAUAUGGUUGCAGCCGCCGGUCCCACGAACGAGCGCAUGCGCGACGAGGAGAACGAGCUCCGGGCGCUUUUCGUGAGCGCGCGCGACGACCCUCGGAUCUCGCACCCGCACACGCACCUCAUAGACGUCUUCUCCUCACUCACGACCUUCGUCGGCGGCGGCGUCGAGCUGGACGAACUACGUGACGUGCCGACGCUCGCGCGCUUCCACACGCACCGCCCACCGGUGGCCGGCGCGCCGUCGGUCGUCCCGAGCGUCGACGUCUUUCGCCGGCAAUUCCAAAGCUUUGCGGGGGGGCUGCUCGACGGGUUUGACUGGGAGAACCUCGUCGCCGCCGGAUCCUCUGCGUUAAUACCGGCGCUGCCGCUGCCGCGCCGGCCUGAGACGUGGCGCACCGCCGCGCUGACUGAUGCGGACUACGAGCGGCUUUGCUAUUUGCAUCUGGCCCCCUUUGGUCUCGACGACCGAGCGGACCUCGACUUUGUCACCGACGACCCGCGCUUCUUCGAGGCCCUACAGACGCAAUGGGACAACGACGAAACCGUGCCCGAAGAUGAGCAGGGCGGCGACGCUCCCCACAAGGACGUCGUCGACGUCGUCCGGGACAUGCCUGUGUCGACUUCUGACGUUGAUUUGUUCAUCCACGGCGUGGAAGACGAGUCGCAGGCGCUCGCGAUCAUCCGCCGCGUCCACGAGCACCUGGUGCGUAAGUGUCCGGACGACGGCUACGUCACGGCGUGGCGCGGCCGCCACGCCGUCACAUUUCACGUCGGCUCGAUGAAAGUGUCGCGGACAAACCCCGAUCACAUUCAUGGAGACCCCCGCUCCAGACGGAGGCACUGCGAGAGCCACUGGUGCCCGCGGCGGAUACAGGUGGUGUUUCGCCUCUACAAGAGCAUCGCGGAGGUAUUGAUGGGCUUUGAUCUGGACGCGUCCUGCUUCGGCUACGACGGGUUGCGGCUCUGGUGCCUUCCGCGGGCGCGCCGCGCCGUGAACGGCCGAAUCAACGUCGUCGAUCCGUCGCGUCAAAGCGUGACUUACGAGACGCGACUCCUGAAAUACGCGGAGCGCGGGUUCGCAAUCGCGGUCCCCGGCCUCGAGCCGCAGCGCCUCGACGCGUCCGCCACGCUGCGGCCCUGGCACGAAGUGAAUGGCCUCGCGCGGCUCCUCUGCGUCAUCAAGCACCGCCAGGAGCGCGUCAACCACAUCAAGGCCGGGCGAGAAAUGAACAGUGGUGGCCGAUGGGAGAUGCCGCGCGACGGUCAGGCGCUGUGCGAACAUAAGGGAGGCAAAGCGGGCAUGGGCGAACGCGUCAUGAACUGGUUCGGCGCCGCGGCUGCGCGCGGCAUGGAUCCUGACAAGCCGGACGGUAAUGCUAUAGUGUGCGUGGCCCCCGACGCGCAGAGUCGCACGAUGACCGGCUGGCGCGUCCCCUCGAGUCUCUGCCGCUUGCUACAAGCCCUGAACCUCUUAGACAAACUACGCCCGGAGCCGGACGCCCCUGCUCCCUUUGAGGCUUCUGACUACGAGGACAUCGUCGUGGACGGAAGAACCACCAGGGAAGUCCUCCGCGCGAUCUCGCGCAAUUCUUUCUGGCACAACGACGCUUAUACCCCACCUUUCGACGCCACGCGCUGUCGGCGCGCGCCCAUCGUGGUCGCGUCGACGCGCGGCGAUGCUACUCCUCACAGAAUUGCGUUGGACUUCAACCUGCUCGUCGACACGCCUCCGAAUCCGCUAAUCAUUGGCCUGCCGGGACUGGGACGUCGGACCUCCGAUGAACCCGACCUCACAGCAAGCUACACCUACGUGAGCUCCCUGGGGCGCCGCGUCGAGUGGAUAACGGUGGACCCCGGCAGACAGUACAUCGGCUCCUUCCGGCCGCUUGACAACGACUGGUUCAAGGACGCGUACCUCUCCAACGGCGCCGCCAAGUUCUCAGACGACCUCCUCGCGUCGUUCAGUACGCCCCGACCCGAGCUGCAGCAACCGCCUCGGCAGUAGGCUUCUACUAACGUGCAUCUAUGAA